AUGCCCCCCAAGAAGGCCUCACAGCAGAGCCUGCCAAAGGGUCAGGCCUCUCUCCAGAGCUUCUUCGGCGGCGGCCCACCUCGCACAGCCAGCAGCGCAAACAGCCAGGCCACCCCUUCCCCCACAAAGUCGGCUCAAAAGUCAGCCCACGCUCACUCCCCUUCCAGCUCUCCCGUCACCGAGAUCAAGGAAAAGGUCACCGUCCGCGGCUCGCCCCAAAAAUCCGUCCCAGCCCCCAAACCCGACCCUCCCUCCUCCUCCUCAAAGUACUUUGCCGACAAGAAACCUCCGCCUGCCGCCACCCGCGGAUCAAAUCGUUCCGACCCCCUCGUCCUCGACGACUCUGACGAUUCCGACAUGGCGACUGCAAAGCCCGCCGCCAAGCCUGCCACCCGCACAGCCGGCAGAGCCGGUGCGAAGCGAAAGAAUCUCGCAGAGAGCAGCGACAACGACGACUACGACGACGACGCAGACGACUUUAAGCCAGAGCCAAAGAAGCCCGCCACCGCACGCACCGUAUCUGCAGCCGCCAGAAGGUCCAACAUCCCCGCCCGCAAGCACCAAGACACCGACUCCGAAGACGACUUUGAGGAGAUCGUCGAAAAACCCGCCGCAAAGUCAAAGGCCAAACCAGCAUCCGCCGCUGCCAAGUCGCGUCCCACGCCGUCGCGCGCCACCAAAAAGGAAGAGCCCUCGACAGCGUCCGAGAUCGAAGAACCCACGCCGGCCAAGGCGGCUGCCAAGUCCAACUGGAGGGAGGCGGCCGCUAGGAGAGCGGCGGGGCCCGUCGCGCCUGGCUCAAAGGAGAUCCCCCAGGGACAGCCAAACUGCCUCGCCGGCCUCACGCUCGUCUUUACGGGAGAGCUCACCUCGCUCAGCAGGGACGAGGCCUCGGACCUCGCCAAGCGGUACGGCGCCCGCAUCACCUCGGGUCCUUCGUCAAAGACCUCGUAUGUCGUCCUCGGCGAGGGCGCUGGCGCCAAAAAGCUCGAGUCGAUCCAGAAAAACAAGAUCAAGACGCUCGACGAAGACGGCUUCCUCGACCUCAUCGCCACCCGCGGCGCCGGCGAGCUCGACGAAAAGGCGAAGAAGAAGAUCGCGGAAGAGGAGAAGAAGGUCAGGGAGACGGCCAAGGCCAUGGCCACUGCCGUCAAAGAGGCGCCCGAGGACCUCAGCAACGCGCUCUGGACCACAAAGUACGCGCCCAAGGCGCUCAAGGACCUCACCGGCAACAAGAGCGCCGUCGAAAAGCUGCAGACCUGGCUUCGCGCCUGGCCGGCGUCGUACAAGUCCAACUUCAAGAAGCCCGGCCCGGCCGGCAUGAACAUCUACCGCGCCGUCCUCAUCUCGGGGCCUCCGGGCAUCGGCAAGACAACCUCGGCCCACCUGGUGGCCAAACUCGAGGGAUACACGCCCAUCGAAUUCAACGCCAGCGAUACGCGCAGCAAGAAGCUGAUCGAGUCGAUGCUCAGGGAUACGAUCGACAACAAGUCGCUCGACGGGUGGUACAGCGGCGGAGGCAGAAUGGUGGGCUCCUCCGACGUCAAGAUCACCGACCGCACCGUGCUCAUCAUGGACGAGGUCGACGGCAUGUCGGGCGGCGACCGCGGCGGAAUCGGCGCCAUCAACAUGCUGAUCAAGAAGACCAAGGUGCCCAUCAUCUGCAUCUGCAACGAUCGCCGCAACCAGAAGAUGCGGCCGUUUGAGCACACCACCUACAACCUCAGCUUCCGCAAGCCCGACGCCGGUGCCGUCAAGUCGCGCAUGCUGUCGAUUGCCUUCCGAGAGAAGCUCAAGGUCCCCGGCGAGGUCAUGGGACAACUGAUCGAGGCCGCGCAGGGCGACAUCCGAUCGGUGAUCAACAUGCUCUCGACCUGGAAACUGGGCAAGGACACGAUGGACUUUGACGAGGGCAAGAAGCUCGGCCUCGAGAACGCCAAGCCGGGCAUGCACACGCCCUUCAGCCUCUACAGCGAUCUGUCGUCUCCCUACAUGUUUGGCCCCACCUGCCGCAAGACGCUCAACGACAAGACCGAGCUCUACUUCCAGGACCACUCGUUCGUGCCGCUGAUGGUCGCCGAGAACUACAUCAAGGCUCGGCCGGUGAGGGCGAGGGACGCCGACAGUCACGUCAGCAGCUACAAGCACCUGCAGCUCUUGCGCCAUGCGGCCGAAUCGAUCUCGGACGGUGACAUGAUCGACCGCAUGAUCCACGGCUCAGAGCAGCACUGGAGCCUGAUGCCGCUGCACGCUAUCGCCUCGACGGUCCGACCCUGCUCGUACACCUACGGUGGCACCGAGGGUGGCUUCCCCUCGUUCCCGUCGUGGCUGGGACAGAACUCGAAGCAGCAGAGGCUGUCGCGCGCCGUGGUGGACCUGCAGGCGAGGAUGCGGCUGAGCUGCUCGGGCAGCCGUCAUGAUGUGAGGCAGCACUACCUGCCCACCAUGUGGCCGAUGCUGAUCGAGCCCCUGGUCGAGCGAGGCAGCGAAGGCAUCGAAGACGUCAUCCAGGUCAUGGACGACUACUACCUUGGCAUCGAGGACCGAGAGGCCAUCCUCGAGCUGGGUGUCGAGCCCAACAACGCCGAGACGGUCAUCAAGGGCAUCCCUUCCGCUGUUAAGGCAGGCUUCACGAGAAAGUACAACUCGACGAACCACCCGAUUGCCUUCUACAAGGGAGUCGACACGGGCGGCAAGGCCAAACAGCUCAAGGGCGAGGCCGCGCCGGAUCUCGAGGACGUUGUCGAGGAGGACGACGUGCCGGACGAUGUUGACCAGGAAGACGAGGCCAGCGACGACGACCUCAGCAAGGAUAAGAUGGUCAAGAAGCCCAAGGCAUCGGCCGCAAAGGGCAAGGGCAAAGCAGCGGCCGCGGCCAAGCCCAAGGCAAAGGGCAAGAAGUGA